AUGCGCAUCCACGCUGAAAGUACGCACCAACUUGGCUUCGAUCGUGCUGUUGUACAACGAUCUAACGGUUCGCGACCAGUCUUCACCGACUGGGUCCCCCACGCCAACGGCACGGCCAAGACCGAAGCCUUCGACUUCGCUGGCCAGCUGCACUUCGACGAGACCGUCUCGCAGGAAAAUACGGCGCUAGAGCCGUAUGUCGGCUACACCGAGAUUAACCGCACGACCAACGACGUCAACUCGGUCUUCUCGUCUGGCCUGGCGAACGGCUACAACCCGACCAUCAAUAUUGUUCCCUUGGAUGGUGAGGAUAAUAUCACCAAUGACAUGGUCGGAUACAUCACUAUCGGCAUCAACACCGAGAGCAGCCCCUUUCUGAGUGGGUCUGAGACUCGAGGAAGAGGCGGUGGCGGUGGUGCUGGCGCUGCCCCGAGUGGGAGCCAAAGCGCUUAUCCCUGUGGCGACACCCCCUCGGCGAUGAUUUAA